AUGAUGCAGUACAAACUCCAAGUGCGCAACUUUAUCUUCGUAGUGCUCAGUCUGGCGUUGCUGGUGGGCCUUGCCUCGAGCGUGGCCGCUGAAACCCUGGACACUGAGGGUCGCUGGUAUCAACAGCAAGUGACGGUGACUCCACAGGUGCAGUGCACACCUGUGACGUACACGGCAACUUGUGUGCCGAAGCAGGCGUGCGUUCAGUACACGACACAACAGGUUUGCGAGAAAAAGCAGACCGUAUGCCAGCAGGUGCAGCAGGUGCAACAAGUGCAGAAGACGGUGGUUCCGGUGAAGAAGACCGUCAUGCCCAUGAAGAAACAGCCCUUAUAUCGCUGGUACCAGUAUGAGCAGGUUCAAGCAACGGCUACGCCAACGCCGAUUUGCACUCAGGUGUGUCAGUACGCGAACGUGCAGGUCUGUGCUGCCUAUGAGCAAUACGAGGUUUGCAAGGUUUGCACGCAACAGUACGAGGAAGUUCAGAAAUGUCAGCAGCAGUACCAGCAGCAGUACCAGCAGAUGUAUCGGUGGUAUCAGCAGGUGCAGGUGACCCAGUGCCCGGUUGAAUGCCAGGCGGGUCAGGUGCAGUGCCAGUACGUGAAGCAGGUGAUCUCGACACCGAAGGUACCGUUGACGAAAUUGCCGCCACCACCACCACCAAGUGUGACGCCAGUGCCAACGGUAAUCCCUACGGUCAUCCCGACGACCGUCAUUCCUACGGUCAUCCCGACGACAGUUAUUCCUACGGUCAUCCCGACGACAGUUAUUCCAACGAUCGUGCCAACGACCGUCAUUCCGACAGUCGUCUCGACGACGAUCACUACGGCGCCUACAACGUCAGUGCUGCCGUCUGCAUCACCACUGUAA